GCCGACGACGUUGGUUAACUGUGCGUUUGUUAACAGAAUGUUUGCUAACCGCAGUUUUGUUUGUUUGUUUUUUUAUUUUUUUGUGCCUCUUUGACCACCCUGACCUCCCUGACCACUCGUAGGGACUUCCUCCUUUUUAAAGAACAGCUUGUAGAGGGGUGAACGUGCUUCCCAGUUUCACCUCCGCAGAGAAUAGCAAAUAGAAAAAGCUCGCUCGCCCGCUGGGAGUGACUACCCCCCCUGUGCAGCUCACAACCUGCUGAUCGGAGUGCCCCCUACAAUGCCCAUUUCGCACCACGAGGGAUGCGGGUGCAAGCACGCCGACGAGGUGCUGAGGGGUGGCGAGUUCCUGCUCAGGUAUAUGGACGUCGAGAAGGUCACAGCCCUGAACGAGCAGGUCCCCGGAUCGUGCAAGAAGAUCCUGAAGCGUUAUGACGACCGACUCUCCCCCGCCAACUGCGAGAGCGACGCGGACCAUGAGUUGAUUAUUAACAUUCCUUUUACUAGUCCGUGCAAGAUCGUCAGCCUGUUCCUCAUCGGAGGGGAGGAAGGAAGCUACCCCAAGAAGGUGAAGAUUUACGCCAACCGGGAGGACAUCGACUUUGAGAACGUUCACGACUUCAAGUGUGUGCAGGAGCUGGACCUCUCGGAGGACUACCACGCGGCGGUGGAGUACCCGCUGAAGGUGACCUCCCUGUUCAACGUGACCCACCUGACUCUCUACUUUUGCGAAAACUACGGAGCGGAAACGACCAAAAUAUUUUACAUAGGCCUCAAGGGCGUAGGGACGAACUACACGAGGAAGGCCGUCGAAGCGGUCUACGAAGCGUCCCCGAACCUGUCCGACCACAAGGUGAAGGGCGCAGCAAGCAAGAUGAACUUCUCCUUCGACGCGUUUUAG